GUGUGUGUGCGUGCGUGCGUGUGUGUGUGACGGUGUGUGUGUGUAUGUGUGUGUGUUGCCAGUAUGUACGUGUGGGCCUGGCUGCUGGUGCUGGGCUUGUGUGACGGUGUGACGGGGCAGGACACACUGCUGCAUCCGGAGUCACUGCUGUCAGAGGAGGAGCCAGUCGAGGAGUACCCUGACGUGGAGGUGUUGUGGGGGGAGACGCCAAUCCUGAGGAACCAGACGCAGGUCAUCAUCUCUCUACUGCAGCAGCGCCUGGGUCAUCAGUGUCUCAGACCAGAGCAUGUGCUGUCAGUCCUGGGGGAUGAUGGGAAGGGUGACAUGAGUCUGGAGGACUACCAGCGGAUAUCUACGGUGCUUUUGUGCUACAUCAUCAACAUGCGCCACCUGUGUCUGGACCCGCCCUCCCCGCCUCAGCCCCUCCCCCACUGCCUCCGAGCUCUCGCUAGGCUCCACCCACAGGAGGAUCACCGCUUUCUCUCAUCCAAUGAGACUGAGAGCAUCCUACUGACUCUCAACCAGGACUACCAAUCAGCUGCUCUACCAAAACAGAGCCACGCCCCCUCACACACACAGUGUGCGGACGCGGAGUCCUUAAUGGAAGAGGCAGGAAUCACUGAUAGACGAGGUGCGGACUUCUUCUCCCUGCCACGAUUGGCUGCAGCGCUGGUCAGUCAUCUGCUGAGAGGUCACUGCCUGAGUCGCCGGAACCUUCCCCCCCCCUCCUUCUUUACCGAUGCAGUAUUCCGCUCUCUCAAUCGCUCCAACAACCUGCAGGUUACAGAUGUGGAGCUGCUGUUGCACAAGCUGGGCAUUGGAGGUAGAACCCCAACAAAGGGGUGUGGCCAAGAACAACAGAGAGCUGUUGGGGACUGGACACAGGUGUGUUUCACAGCUGAUCAGCUACUGCAUGUGCACCUGUUGGAUGCCAGGCUCCCGCUAUCCAGGCGGAGCUUCACUCAAAUAUGCCCCGCCCUUAUCCAGCAGCUGUUGACCAAUCGGUGUCAGAAUCCACUCACUGACCACGUUUCUUUAGAGGACAACCCCACCCUCAGCAGUCUGCAGAAGUACGGCUACAGCAUAGUGGCGGUGUUGCUGCUGACGCUGGGCUCCAUGCUCGGGGUGUGUGUGUUGGUGUGUAACUCCUGUGGGGAGACGCACACGCUGGUGCUGCAGCUGUUUGUGGGUCUGGCGGUGAGCACGCUCUCAGGUGAUGCCAUCCUGCACCUACUCCCUCAGAUCCUGAAUGUCCAUGAACACGGUCACCAUGGCGAGGGACAGGAAUACCUGUGGAAGGGCAUGGGAGUCAUCGCCGGAAUCUACGGAUUUUUCCUCCUAGAGAGACUACUGUCCUUCAUGCCCCGUGGGCUAAAUGCUCACUCCCAUGCUGUCACCCUUGAGCUAAAAAGUAAUGGUGAGAGUCAGAGGGGAAAGUCCAUCUCCACCGUGCAAUUGGGGUCUACAGAGGAGGCAGAAUGCCCAGACACUCCACCAGAGGAAGCUCCUACCCAGAGUGCACCACGCAGGCGGGGAGUUCCGUUGCUGGCAGUCAUGGUGAUUGUUGGCGACAGCCUACAUAACCUCGCAGAUGGCCUGGUGAUCGGAGCAGCUUUCUCUUCAUCUACAGAAGUUGGCAUGACAACCACACUGGCCAUCCUUUGCCAUGAGAUUCCCCACGAAAUGGGUGACUUUGCUGUCUUGCUGGCGUCUGGUUUGUCAGUAAAGUGGGCGGUGCUUAUGAAUCUGCUCUCCGCCCUCACUGCGUUUAUUGGCCUGUUUAUUGGACUCUUCGUUUCCACGGAGACGGAGGUGCAGCAGUGGAUUUUCAGUGUUACAGCAGGGAUCUUCCUCUACCUGUCCCUGGUGGAGAUGUUGCCAGAGAUGUCACGGAUGUGCUCCUCUCGCCCCGGUCUGCUGUUCCUGCUGCAGAAUGUGGGACUGCUGUUGGGAUGGACCUGCCUUCUGCUGCUGGCUCUGUUUGAGGAGCAUCUCAGCUUCUGACACACACACGCACUCACACACACACACACAUGCACACACACACACACACACACACUACUGCUGCUGCUGGCUCUGUUUGAGGAGCAUCUCAGCUUCUGACACACACACACACACAUAUGCACACACACAUGCAUACACACACACACAUUACUGCUGCUGGCUCUGUUUGAGGAGCAUCUCAGCUUCUGACACACACACACACACACACACACACACACGCACACACACACACAC